AUGUCUCAGCCCUUGACUGCUCCUGAUGGCGGAUCUGAUCCUGAGAGUCGGUGCAUGCCCUUCUUGAACGCCGAUUUGCACGAGCAGGAUAUUAGCGAUCCCUAUGUGAAGCGGUUAGCGAACUCGGAUGAUCGGCUUCCUUCGUCACCACCGCCCGUGCCACAGCCCAGGAAUCUCGGACCGUCCAACACUUCUACUAUGGCGAACUUGGCAUCUUCAUCAUCAGUAACAACAUGGGGUGCAUCAGGAUCAGGAUCUACAUCGGGCUCUCAGUCAACAGGAACAACAAGCGGAAAUAAUGAAACGAACCUCGCAGUACGCGGUGGUCCGAGCACAGCAUUUGGUGGACUGUUAACAAACGCAUCCGGGGCACCGACAGCAGCGAUUCCUGGAUUGGUGUUUUCGUCGCGCGGAGAUAAUACGGGGUCUCGUACUCAGUUUCACGCACCCUUGGAACCUGAGGUCGUCGCCAAAUUGGACGAUAUCUUCUUCAAGUUCCUCCAGCGCAUCUGUUCCGACUUGAAAGCAUGCGAUGCCAAGGGUGACCACAUUCACCAGCCGCUUAUGGCCAAAAAAAUGGAACGCCUCGAAGCCUCGACCGAAUUCCGGCCCUUCAAAUUCCGGAUCCAAGCCUUCACCAACGCCUUCCACGACUCCUUGAUCCAACACGGUCUCACAGAGGAUGUCCUCCCGCUUCGAAAAGUCAAACUCUACCUUUGGAAACAUCGGUAUAUCUCGCGUUUUAAUGAGGAUGGCAAGAAGCAAAAGUCGAAGGGGAAUCAUGUUUGGAAUAUUGAGGCGCGCAAGAUCUCGAACGUUGUGGAUACCUCUGGGCCGGCUCCUGGGUCUGGAGCGGAAGGGCUGGGUGCGUCGGCGACGCCUUCGGUUGCUACGCCUUCUACAUCCUCAGCUGCCUCAACACCCUCUAUCAAAGCAUCCACGACGACGACAGGAUUCUAUGACCUUCUACCACUAGACAUGGACCCGAAAUAUAUCGGACCCGAAGCGAUUUCUGCAGCAGGAGGCGGGUUGGGGAUUAUUCGGAGACCCACGAGUCCGGUGCGGUGGGAGUUCCGAGAGUACACUGGUCGGAUUGCAGGACAAAUCAUCAAGUAUGCCCGUGUGGGAGUUCCUUAUGUCUAUUCGCCCCGCAUCUGGGAUGCUCAAAUGUCUUGCCCAGCAGCAAAGUUCAGUAGCCCCUGGCUCCCCAGCUGGCUAAAAUGGCACCGCGGAGAACUCAAAGGAAUCCCAAGUGCGGAGGACAAAUCCUGUACGAUCCUGGUAGUUGCAGAGUACGUCAGGGAGGGGGAGGAAUGUCGACUUGAGAUGUCGUUCCCCUUGACGGUUUGUGAUCCUUCCAAUGAGAUGCAGGAACUUCACGAGCCCUCUGGUGUCUCUGCAGAGGAUGAUGGCAAUGCAGGCGGGUUGUAUGAAGGUGGUGGUGACAGCGCGGGCGCUGUCGACCUUACUCCUUCUGCUGGUCAUGGACAGGGCAGUGCGGACUCUUUGAAGAUGCAGGCAGAAGAGUUUUCAUCCUUUCGACAACAGCAAUCAAGUCGCGAGAACUAUGGUGAUGAGGAGAUGAUGAUGGCUAUGAAGGAGGACGAGGACAUGGAAGGAGAAAUGGAGCAAGAACAUCGCGAGCAGGCCUCGUCUUACAACCAGCACCAGCACCCUUAUUCCAACAACUACUCCCCCUUCCACCACGACCACCAAAACCUACAACUUCCUCAACAUGACUUGCAGACAAUUUCGCCGCGUCAACAAGAACACCAACGCGAGCAGCGACAAGCCCAGCAGCGGCUGCAAAGACUCCACCUUCAAGAACACCAUCAACAUCAGCAACAGCAGGGGGAGGAGGACCAGAAGCCUUCACUCUUCCAGUCGACAGCUGCUCCUUCCUCGGCAGGGACGACCGCCAGCUUCUAUAUGAACCCUCCAUCCAGCCGAGGCAGCAUCAGUAGCAGCAACGGCAGCAGUGCCUACGUCAGGGAGGAAGAGUCCAAUGAAGAGGAAGAGUCUGGCGAUGAUGAGGAUGGUAAUGAAAGCGACGGAGACGAUGAAGAGGACGAGGAAGGUGGAACCGAGAAGACAAGGAAUAUGAAAACGAGGACCAGCACCAGGACUACAACGUCCACGUCAAGAACGCGUCCAGGUCGUCCCCUUUCCCACCGCCGGAAACCCUCUCGCGAUCAGCGGUCAAUAGUCCCGCAAGAAACCAACAAGCGGCGGAAACACGAUUGA